AUGGCUUCUUCCGGAAAGAAAGGAAGGCGUCUAGAGCCCACGAAAGACGAAAACGGCAAGAAUAUCAAACACCUCCAGCCCCCCAAAUACGCCCCUUUCGGUGUCUUCCAGAAGCCGAUCCUACACAAGAACGCAUACAAGCCCCGCGAUCUUCUCAACUACGCCGUUCUCUCCUUUCACAACCGUCCAGACGGCAAACUAAGCUUUCAACAGCUCGAGGCGCGAAAGGAUUUCGUGAAUCGAUUCAAGGAGAGGAAGAUGAAAUACGGAAAGGACUUAAGGACCGGGGCUUCCCAGCAAAGCUUCCAGCAAGAUAUGACGGAUUUAUUUUCGUACCUCGACAAGUUCUUCUUCAUCGGACUCCUACGUGACAAUGUUUCCCUUGAUAGUGGUAUCGAUCUCAUAAGGGAUGGCGGUGGAUGUCUCAGAGGCUUGAGUGGCAAGACACGCUGGUGUACGAAGCAGCACGACAAGACCCUGACCCGUCUUAGUAUUGGGACAAACAGCAAGUUAUACGAGCUUCCCCGUAUCGUAUACUCCCUUAUUCACGAGAUGGUGCACGCGUAUCAAUAUACCUUCGGCUGCGAUUGCGUGAGAUGUGAGAGGGAUGUACCUAACACGGGGGGUCUUUCUCAUGAUGGUCAUGGGCCCAUCUUUGUGAUGCUCCACCGCCUCGUUCUGACGGAGAUCAGACGAUGGGGCGCCUUUAGUGGCGAGAAGGAGUUAAUGAUGCUAGGAGAAUCUGAUUGCCCCGGACGAUCGAUGAGUUGGUCCGCGAGAGAAAGCGCCAGGGCUGCCUUUGAAAACUUGGACAAGCGCCAGAAGAAGUUGUACCACUCACUCCGCAGCCAAAUAAAUACUAAGUACCUUAUUCACUUCAGUCCUGAUGGAGAGGAGGUGGUUGUUAAUGAAUCACGUCUUAACAAUAAGCGGACUAUGAUGGAGGACUAUCUCCAGUCUCAGCGGGACAAGUAUACGUGGGGCGAGGCCAAGCCUACUUCUACUAAAGGUGGGCUAGUAACGGAGAUAGAGGAUGAUUUUCGUGAUGAUUCCUCGCAUGAUGAUGGGGAUGAAGACGACGACAACGCGGUCGUUAAUGUUAAGAAAGAACACAGGAAUUUGGAUAAGGGUUCCUGCCCUUUACCAAGUACCCCAAACGGGCCGACUGGGCUUCCAAAGACCCCUAUCAGACCUGCAAAAAGUGCCUGAUUUCCUCCCAUAAAGCCUGAGCGGCAUAGUCCACACCCUCUACACUACGUCAGGGCAACUGCUGAAGAGGU